AGGCACGAGUAUAUUCUAAACAUCAUCUUACGCUUUCUUUUGCCCCGGUUUCAUUAUUAGAUCACAUUCUUCUUCAAAACAGACAUCAUGGACACAUCUUUUGAAGCGAGCGUCUUCCAGAGAGCAACCGAGACUGCACAGCACCUUCGAAAGAUAUUGCCGGAGGGACUUGCAAAGCCCAAGAUUGCGAUUGUUUGUGGCUCAGGUCUAGGGGGUCUUGCGGAUACCAUCAAUCCAGAGCCCAAAGUCGAAAUUUCAUACGGGGAUGUCCCCGGUUUCGCUAAAAGUACAGUUCAAGGUCAUGCCGGUAAACUCGUUUUCGGCCAGUUAGGGCCCAAGAAUACACCUGUUGUGCUGUUCGUUGGCCGCGUGCAUUUUUAUGAAGGCCACCCCAUGUCUCUCGUAACCUACUCUACUCGUGUCUGUUCCAUCCUCGGCAUAACAACCAUGAUCGUCACCAAUGCCGCCGGUGGCCUCAAUCCAUCCUACGCUGUGGGCGACAUCGUUUGUUUGAAUGACCAUCUUAACAUCCCUGGCUUCGUCGGUGCAAACCCCCUUAUGGGCCCCAAUAUCGCUGAAUUUGGCGAUCGUUUCCCUGGGUUGAGUGAUGCGUACAGUCUUGUCCUGAGGCGAUUGGCGCAUCAGAGCUUCGUGAAACUGUUUGGAGGAAAUCAGGCGAGAAAACUGCACGAGGGCGUGUAUGCGUUCCUGUCGGGUCCAACAUACGAGACCCGUGCAGAGUGUCGUGCCUUGAGGACUUUGGGCGCGGAUUUGGUUGGCAUGAGCACAGUUCCGGAGAUAGUUGUUGCGCGGCACUGCGGGAUGAGGGUUCUGGCGUUUAGUCUCGUAACCAAUAAGGCAGUACUGGAAGGAGGAUUCCAUGGCGACAGUCCUGAGAUUCAGGGGCUGACUGUACAGGAGUUGGAGGAACUGUUGGAAAAGGGCAAGGCGAAUCAUGCAGAGGUGCUGGAGGCAGGGAGGGAGGCAAGCAAGGAUAUGCAGGCGCUGGUGAAACAGAUCGUGAUGGACAUGGAGGUAUAAGCCUAAAAUCAUCCUAUGCUGCUCAUGACAAUGAAAUCAUCACAUUUCAACAGUGACA